UAUGAUAUUUUAAUCAGAGAGCGGAUACAUCUUUGGAGGAUAUUCUCCAUGUUAAUGGUCAGAGGAUGAUGACUGUUAUGGUCACGAUUAUUCAUUAACAUCAUUUUUAUUUUCAUAAACGCAUGUUGAAAUCUAUCCUAUGAAAGAAAAUAGCGAAUACAACGCCAUAUUCACGAGUAGAAUAAAUGGGCCUGUAUUUGGAAAUGAUUAAGGUUAUGGUAAUGAUUUAAUGAUAGAAAGUGAUUUUAAAUAAGGUCAUUCUAAUUUAGGUUAUGGAUAUUAAUGGGAUUAAUGUGAGGAUACCUAUUCAAAUCAUCUAUUUGGAUAAAAUGAACCAAAUAUAAUUGAAUGUGAAAUAUAUGAAUUAAAAUUAAUAUGA